CCUCUCUCCCUCCUCCUCUCUCCCUCCUCCUCUCUCCCUCCUCCUCUCUCCACAUUCAGGCUCUUUUACCUCCACUCGGCACACUGAGGUUUUUCCAGCUCGUCAUCACCACCUUCCUCUGGAGCCAUGUCGUGGUUUUACCGGCUGACCCUGGGGCUCCUGCUGCUCCACCUGGCUGCCGCUCACGUCUUCCUGGACAACAAGGCGGCCAAUCAGGUUCUGACCCGAUGGAGACGAGCCAACAGCUUUCUUGAGGAGCUGAAACAAGGCAACAUGGAGAGAGAGUGUGCGGAGGAGCACUGCAGCUGGGAGGAGGCGCGAGAAAUCUUUGAAGACACAGAGAAAACGAAUGAAUUCUGGGCCAUAUACAAAGAUGGCGACGCAUGUGGGUCAUUGCCCUGUGCUCAUGGAGGACAUUGCAAAGACGGAGUCGGCAGUUACACCUGCUUCUGUCAGGUCGGGUACCAGGGCUUCAACUGUGAGAUCGUGAUUCCUGAACUCUGCGAGUCCAAAAAUGGCGGCUGCGAACAUUUCUGCAACGUGGUCAGAGGAAACGUUCAGUGCUCCUGUGCUGACGGAUACUUCCUGGCAUCAGACGAUAAAUCCUGCCACUCCAACCAGACUUUCAAGUGUGGCAGCGUCAUCAGCGCAGACACCCGGACUGUCUUCAGGUACGUGCGACAGAACGUAACAGCGGAGAACUCGACUGGGUGGAACACAACCGACCUGAACACCAACUCGGUCCAGCAGAAGUUAGACUCGUCUUCUUUUGGAAACAGCACCCUCCAAACUAUGCCAGAAAACGCAGUUUAUGAGGAACUGAUCAAUGCUGAAAUGGCACGUAUGACCCGUAUCGUCGGCGGAGAGGACUGUCCACCAGGAGAAUGUCCGUGGCAGGCUCUUCUCCUGAACGAGGACGACGUCGGGUUCUGCGGAGGGACGAUUCUCAACGAGUACAUCAUCCUGACUGCUGCCCACUGCAUGAACCAAUCACGCUACAUCUACAUCAAGCUUGGUGAGUUUGACACGUUGGUGGAUGAUGGUAACGAAGCUACGCACUAUGUGGAAACUAUAAUCACCCACUUUAAGUACAAACCAGACACGUACCACAACGACAUUGCUCUCAUCAAAUUAACCAAACCCAUCAAGUUCUCCAGGUUCAUCCUGCCGGCCUGUUUACCAGAGCAAGACUUCGCUGAGAAGGUCCUGAUGCGGCAGCCUGACGGCGUGGUCAGUGGUUUUGGACGCCUUGGCGAAGGUCGGCUGGCGUCCACCAUCUUGCAGCGCCUCUCGUUACCCUUCGUGGAUCGGCUCACCUGCAUCGAAUCAACCCAAUUCCGUAUCUCCGCCCGCAUGUUCUGUGCCGGCUACCACUCAACACCCAAAGACUCCUGUCAAGGUGACAGUGGCGGACCGCACGUCACCCGCUACCGCGACACAGUCUUUGUCACCGGCAUUGUGAGCUGGGGUGAAGGCUGCGCACGCAAAGGGAAAUACGGCGUCUACACGCAGGUGUCCAAGUACAUCCGCUGGAUCCGUGAGGGCAUCCAGAAGCUGGUGCCUGAAGAGCAGAGUGGCAGCAGAGUGAAGAGGCACCACGGCGCCAUCAAGAGGCUGUUUCUGUAAGACGAUCCUCGAUCAACGGAUUUCUCCUUCUUCAUCUAAAAUCUUCAGUGAACGCCACUGAGCAGAGAUCAGCAUCUCUUUGUACCGUCGACCAUUUAACGUUCGAGACGUCUCAACAGUCACGUUAGAGUCCCAAGAAACUUUGAAAAACAUUUGAUCAUUUACCGAAAAAUCUUAAAGCUGCGUUGACUCAUUUUUGUGGCCACCUGGGGGCAGCAGAACAAAGUGUAGUAGCUCAUAUGGCAUAUUUUCACGUCACUCUAAAAAGUACAUGUGUCUGACGUGUUAGCAAACAGUUUGCAUAUCUAGCAGUCAUGUGACAGCAUCUGUGAUCAGUUGUGGUAUAAAAGCAAAACGUCUGAACUUUAACGAUCUGAGCGAGUUUGAUUGAACAAUUUCUGAUUUGUAUUAUUGACAAAAUGUGUCUGAGAAGUUCGGAGCAGAAAUAAGUGAAAAUAAGAAUUCAUGUGUUUUUUAGAAGCAAAUAAAGAAAAUUCCAACAUGAAGUUUCUGUUUGAUUUGAAAUGUAUCUGACAUUCGUACUUUUAACAACUGUUGUAUUUCUUCAUUAAAUUCU